AUCGUUUUCAACUUUGGCGGACUGAAGUUAUUAUAAAUGUGCGUUUAGGCAUGAAGUGAGUUUCUCCUUGAAUAUGGAAGCAGAUCAGACUCAAUAGUACGAGUAGUUGGAUUGUUUUUGUUGCUGCAAUGUUCGUUCUCUACAAAAGGCACGAAUCUCCUAGGCUACUGGCCGCGACCUCGAUAAUCCUCUUCUUGCUGGGAUCAAUUCAUAUCGCUUUGUCCUUAAGACAACUUCUGGAAGCCUUCAUUAACGUUCCGGCAACCUCAUCGAGACUUUAUUCCAUCAUCUAUUGGGCGAAUUUGUCCACCGGACUCAGCGUUGCAAAGAUUAGCGUGUAUGCUACGGCUGUCUUUGUUCAAUACUUUGUUAUGAUAUGGAGACUUUAUGUGGUCUGGGAUUAUAAUUGGAAAGUCACAAUCCUGCCUCUAUUCCUUGAGAUAUGUCAAAUGGGAACGGCAUACACGGCAGCCGUGCUCGCAGCUAAAGAUCUGGUGUCACAAGUCACGUUUGGACCGGUUCCGUGGAGCAUUGAGCUUGCCCUUAAUUUCAUUGUCACUGCAGGAAUCGCCGGACGAUUGUGGUGGAUGGGUAGACAAGUCAAUGCGUUGGGAGAACGCAACAAGUACCUUUCAGCCCUAUUGGUGGUCGUCGAGUCCGGAGCCAUUUUUGCUGCUGUAACGCUAGUAAUGCUUAUUCUCUUGGUUAAGAAGAGCCAGCUAUCCAUCAAUGGGACCGACAUAUCAACACAGUUGGCGGUUUUGACACCCCUCCUCAUUAUUGCUCGCGUCGGGAUGACAAUGAUCCCGAGGGUACCAGCGUCAACCCUCUCUUUUGCGUAUCCGGCGCCUGCAAGUCAUGCAGCAAAUAUUGAGCUGGCCACAAAUGGCCUUGCCAAUAGUGUCGCCAUUUCUAGAGCAGAGAUCAUCGACAUAUCCGAAUCCGGGCCAUUUGAUAUGAAAAGAAAUAGCAAGUGAAUUAUGGAUACCGUCCUUCUUGUUCUGGCGUUCUGUAUUGUUUAAUUGUAAUGCUUUAUGUGAAUAUAUUUUUUGCCAUCUCGAC